ACACGAGGACCGUACAAGCGUGACACGCCCAAUCAUUGUUUGGCAGAGCCGCUCUCUCGGCCAUCUUGUCACUCACCUGUGCUGUCGACGCCCGGGCUGAGCGACGGAAAGUGCUGCUGCUGUUCAGGCCCCAGCGAGCUGGACGAGGGGUCAAAGCCGUACGGGAUGCCGAAGUGGUCGGCGUCUAGCUGCUGCUGCUGUGAGGCCUCGUGCGAGACGACGAGACUUGGGGCACCUGCAAGUGUCUGAGCUGGUGCGCUGGAAGACGCGGCAGAUGCAGGCGCGGCGAAAGAGGCGGAAGCGGAGGAGGACGGUGCAGAAUGCGGCUGCUGGAGGUGCGCCAGUGGGUCCAUGGACGCGCCGACGAGAGGGAGUGCAAAGACGGCUGGAAGACGGACCGCGAGCGUCACGCAGACCUCGGGCCGGGGCAGUGGGAGCUGCGCAGCGGCUCCUGGACCAAGUGAAUCACGCAGCAGUCACACGCCGAGCUGUGUGAGCAGACCGGGAGGAGUGACAGGACGAAGAGAUGCGGAGGAGACGAAGAUGGGCUUGGCAAGGAGGAUGCGAGCGGUGCGCGAGGGACGGGCGAUGCGGUGGGAGCAGCUCCGGGCCGGCGGUCGACGCUGCUGCAGCUUUGAGGAUGAGGCGGUGCCGUACCCUGGAGGUGCGCUGCACUUUUCAGCAAGGCACGACGGCGCGCUCGAUGCGGAGAGCCAAAAACGGGUGUGCGUCGCUCGACGAUGGGCCGUGCGGCCGCUGUGGCGCUCGCUGGUGCAGCAAGAGAGUAGUGCCGCGGGCGGUGUGAGACCUGGACGGAUGCUGGCAGCUGCCUUGCACGGCGACGAGGCCGAUCACGGCUCGCAGCUGGGCUUGGCACGGCACACCGGCCGGCGCCGAGCGCAGGAGAGGAGACGGCGGGCGCAGCGGAAGGCGCCAGGGUGCGGAGUGCGAGUGUGGCGAGCGCAGCUGCAGCAGCGGCUGCGGGGUGCACGGGCAGCAGGCAGCAGCCAGCGGCGGCGAGGCGCUCGGAGGGGCGGGGAGCGCGCUGGUGCAGCGGCAGUGGCAGAUGAGGCGGUGCUGGGCGGCAGGAGCGAAGGCCUGUGGCGGUGCAAAAUCGCUGCGAGAGCGGCGGCGGCCCGGCGGCUCGCGCGGCGUGAGCGCGCCCCGCAGCGCCGUCGGGCAGCGUCAGGCACAAGCGGUCAAGCGCCGCCGCCGCGCGCGAAGGAAGAGGCGGCUCGCUGCCGUGCGUGCGCUUGUGGCAGCAUCAUCAGCCGGCCCGGCGAUCGGCGCGCGUGCGACGGCGGCACAACGGCCUCUCAGCCUCUGCGGCGCCGCCCUCACACGCCCUCAUUUCCGUCAUCGCAUCAAGAUUGCACCGGCUCGCCGGCCAAGAAGGCGUGCGGGACUGGCCUCAAAAUCUGCAGUGGCGCAGCACAGACGGAGCCGGCGGCAGCAGGUGCCGACAUUGAUUUGCCUCAGCAAGCGCCGUAACGAGGUGGUCCUGAGAAGCGCUGCCGUCGUACGGCGAUCCGCAACAUGCCAGCGGCUGCUACAACCUCGAAAGCUCCAGCCCCGCCCACGCGUGUGCCGCAGUGGGACAUCCUGCACACGCUCACGCAUCUGUGCCAGCGCGCUCUCUUCCUCGCCGCCCGUGCCGCCCUGGCGAGUGGCCACGACGAGCGAGCCACUGCGCAGCUGGCACAGGCACGCGCCACGGCCCGCACGGCGCGUGCGCUGGCGGCCAAGGCGACGGUGCGCCUGUGAG